AUGCCUCGCACACUGCAAAAAGUACACAAGCAAAUCGCUAAGAAGCGUGGCGCGGUUGACGCCCUUCAUGAAUUUAGUCGUGAUGCCCGACGUCUGCGCCGUGCAGGCUGCCGUGAUGACCGAUUGAUCCGCCACACCUCCGUUGUGCUCAAGGCUCGUCAGCCAUACAUGGAGAGACUUCAUUACUUUUUUGAUUCGAUUCAAACUACCGAACAACCAUUGACUGACGCUGAAUUGGCGGAAUUGGUAACAAAGUGUAUCAACCGGGACGCUGAGGAGAUUGCCGCGCUUGAAAAGGAAAAACGAAAGGGCCGUCCACCUACCCGACGAGAGGAGGCCUUGAAGCAACGAACACAGACGGAAGAGAGAGAAUUCAAGACUGGAUUUUGGAUGCCGGAUCUUGGCGAUGAGGAAACAUUGUUGAAGUUGAAGCAUUGGAAUGGAGAAUGGACUGCCCUCAGCUCGGCCAAAUUUGUUCGAUUGCUGAAUGCUGGAGGGAAGCAGAACUCAAGCUUCCCACCCAAGGGCAUGUCAUAG